AUGGAGGUAGCACAAUUCGCUAUGGAGUUUGACCACUCGCAGGAUGUAGAAAUGCUGCUCGAUCUCGAUUCAGACGAAGAUACACUCCUGGCAGAUACACAAGACAGCGCCGCAAACCCGGAGAAGGAUCACGUACUUGUAAUGGAGUUUGACCACGAGGAUGUCGCUGCAAAUCCGGACGAAGACAUCGAAGAAGAAGGUCACAACGAAGUUAGCGGAGAGGAAGAGGCAACAGACGACGAAGAAAUCGACCCAAGAGCAGAACCCGUUGAAAGACUCGAGAACCUCGUGCUCUCGUUCCUGUCCCAACUCUCAACCGGGCUGCAAGACAGCGAAGAGCGAGCGAGGAAGAAAGACAAAAAAAGAAAGAUAGUCUUUGAGCUAGCCGAUAGGAAGAAGAAGACCUCGGAUGGAUCCAUGGGUGUCCGGACUCUCAAGUUUCCCCAGAAGACGAGGGGCGCAAGUGCGAAGCCUUUCGCCCAACUGUUCAGAGUCGCAGACCUCAUGCACGAGGCGCUCCUCGAUGACAUCCCCACGACCAAACGUGACAUGUAUUACAAGGAUGUGCAACUGUUCAAGUCCCAAUCCGUCGUAGAUCGGAUGGUCGACGAUCUCGCGGCGACAUUCGAGCUCGGCCGUGCGGACCUGCAUGUCCGUGCAUCGUCAAAGGGUCUUGUGUGCGGCUCAGGGCUCACCAUCCACCUCGGACACAACGAGAUCAUGUCCUUGCAAGACUCCGAGGGCAUGCUCAUACCUGCAAGUGAAGAGAUAUCCCGCUUCGAAGUGCGCGACGGGCUCGCGUGGGUGCUCGUGGUCGAGAAAGAGGCCGUCUUUCAGACUCUCUGUCGCCUGAAACUCGCUAGCCAUCCAGCGCUGCCUGGGCCAGGAAUCAUCAUCACGGGCAAAGGCUAUCCGGACGUCGCCACUCGCCAGUUAGUGAAAACGCUCUCCGACAACUUGCCUGCGAGCAUCCCUAUCGUGGCGCUCGUCGACGGCGACGCCUAUGGCAUCGACAUCCUGUCCGUGUAUAAGUAUGGGAGCAGGAGCAUGCGCCACGAAAGUGAGCGCCUCGCCGCAGGGCGCGUGAGGUGGCUGGGCAUCUGGGCGAGCGAGCUGGCAGGGCUGGGAAUAGAUAAGGAUGCGCUAAUCCCGAUGACGAAACAUGAUGAGAAGAAGGCCUUGAGCAUGUUACGCCGCGAGGACAUCCCGAAGAAGUGGAGGAAAGAGCUACAGUACAUGGUGCACACCCGCCGCAAAGCUGAGAUAGAGAUUCUCUGCUCUGUCCCUGCUCAGAGCGAGUCUAGUAUCUGUCACCCUCCGGAGGACGAAGACAUGCUGGAAGACGAAGACGAUAGAAGAAAGACACUCCACGGAACGCACCCGCUGCGGGAUCCGCCUCUCCUGCAGUACUUGGUCCCCAAGAUUUCUGCUUUCGUUGCCCGCUACGCUCAAACUUCUUGA